AUGUCUCGAUGCCCGCCGGAUUCAUCAUGGCCAUCUUACAACGCCUCGAAAGACUGGGACGAUGAAUUCUUCAACGACGGCAAAUUCAAGGACGAGGGCAAAAUCUCCUGUUCAGAGAAGAAUGUUGCCAUUGGUAGCAUUAUCAAACUGAACCAACACAGUCUCAAACGCCACAAACUCUAUCACGAUAGAGUGGUCUGCGUUCAUAAGGAUUGCACAACUCGGCCCGAAUUGGAGAAGAUGUUUCAGCACCCAGCGGCCGUUCUGGAUAUUUGGAGAGAAAAUGGGGAUGAUUGGGCUCUCGUCAGCAUCAUUUCCAGCAAAAAGCUGGCCUCGGAGGGUCAGGGUGCAAAUCCUUUGACCCUAGAUCGACCUUAUGACAGAAAGUACCAUCAAGAUAUGUACAAUGGCGUGGAUCCCAAAGACGUCAUGCACCUUGAAUACUUCGGCGGCACAUUCGAAAGAGCAUGUUGGUUCCAAACAAACCAUGCCUGGAAAGUCAUGCUUAGCAUGACAAUACCCUUCAAAAAGCUUAUCUGGGCCAAUCGUCUCACCAAAGCAAGCUACGAAACUCUCAUGGAUAGACUUCACUUGAGUCCAGCCUUUUGGGUCACAACCAAAGCCUUGUGGGUAAGAAGUCUCCGGGAUCCUGCAUUUUCAAAGUCCUGCCUCUCGUCGGACAUACAAAUUCAAUCUCCGACUUCUCCAACACCCUCCAAGGCCUCAAGCUCUCCAAGCUCUGGAUCUUCGCCGCUUCAAGAUUCGCCACCACGGAAGCGAGGAAGAGAGGAUUCAUUUGAUAAAGAAUCACCGCCACCCGCCUCGAAGAAAGCGCGAUCAGACAGCCAAGAGAAAGACAAGCAUGAUGAGAGACCAAGGAGUUACGCCCGACGUCGAACUACUUCUCCAGUUCCGCAAAACAGAGGCCGCGAGCUUAUGUACGACUCGUAUCGCCCAAGCGAUAAUUCAUAUAGAGCACGAUCCCCUUCAAGAUAUCGAAGAGAGCAAACGACCCGGGACGACAGAGACGGAUCCAGUAGACGUCAAACAUUCUACGAGGAUAGAGAGCCAGAGCGUUUGCAUCGUCGUCCAGUAAUACAAACGGUGGAGCCCCCUUGA